CGGAAUCCUACGGUCAUUCAUUUCUUCAAAGUUCCUCCUGGGUCGGCACGGAACCGAUCUGCGGCGGGCGAGAGGCACCUGGCUAGCCAGCGGGAGGGCAACUUUGGCUGUGGACUGGGCAUUAGGCGGAGCGACCCCACCCCCAAAUUCAAGGAAGGCGCUUCUGGAGGGGAGUGGCCGCCAACUCCCCUCCCCAAGUGCUUCCUGCCCCACCGACCCCGACCUGUCCCCACCCCAGUGAGCCACCACGCGCUGCUUGCGACUGGAUCGCUGCUGCUUUCCUCGGACUCAGAGAGCGGAGCCCCUUUUUCCGCUGGGACCAGCGACCGGUUUCCAAAAUGCAGGAGACAAAAAAGGGGAAGCACCACAGCAGGAGCUGCGCGAGCGCGGUGGAAGCGGGCAACAAGAGCAGGGUCGGGCGCGUCUGGUCCCUGCGGGGCGCAGUGGGCCCUUGGCUCCAGGCGCGGCUCCCGGGACGCGACGAGGGCGGCACGCAGGCUGCAGAGGCUGACGAGGAGGAGCAACAACCCAGCACCCUGCAGGCGCUGCCGACUGAGUUGAAGCUAUACAUUAUGUCCUUCCUCACACCCAAAGAUGUGGUUUAUCUGGGAAGCACCAACCACUACUGGAGGCAAACUGUCCAGGAUCCCUUGCUGUGGAGGCAGUUUCUGAUCCGGGAUCUCCCUUCUUGGCAUUCGUUCAGCUGGAAGUCGCUCCCGGCUGCCCAUGUAUUUAGCAGUGCCUUUGUUGAGCAGUACGGUAUUGCUGCCUAUGACUACAUGGAAGUGUAUAAGAAGUGCAGUUCCUGGGUCAGGAAGCAUCCGCCAUGCCCCUGGCCAGCUUAUAGAAUGAUGCCGUCCUGUGCAAGGGUGCUGUUCUCAACAGUAGUGCCCUGCUUUGCCAUGUUUGGGCCAGGUUUGGAAAACUUGGAUGAAUCUUUGGAGGACCAAUUGCUGAUGACAUCAAUGAGAGCAGCAGUGCUGUGGCCAUUUCAUGAUAUGCCUUUUAGUAAAAUUUAUGAAAUCGCACCAAGAAUUGGACCAGAAAUCGAAUUGCAUUCAGUUGAGCUCCAGAAAUUCAUGAUUCUGAUAAUGUAUUCGAAGCCCAGCCAGAGGAGACGCAGAGCCAGAGAAGUGAACCCGUUACCUCACGAUCUGUUCUACGAAGAGAAUGAGGCUCUGACUCAAAUUAAUCUGAUGGAGUUCUUUGAAUCUGAGUUCAGGCAUGUUGAUGGGUUUAUCUAUGUUGCAGAUGCUGAAGCUCAUAAAGAACACAAUCGUCAAGCUGAAUGUGCUCAGCUGGCAGCAUUGCUCGAUUCUUCUCUUGGACCUUCAGAUAAACCUCUGCUGAUCUUGUCCUGCAUUUCCGUUCCUGGGACUGAACGGAUUCCUUCUUUUUACAUGGCACAUCAACUGCAACUAGACCUGAACUGCCAACCGUGGAUGAUUCAGAACGUUGACAUUUUAACCUUAACUGGACUGCAGAAUGGAAUUGAGUGGCUACUGGGUGAAAUAAAAAACAAGAAAAAACCCAUCAGUAAUUGGGACGUUUUCGAGUGACCAAAUAGUUUUGUUCCUAAAUGUCUUUCUUUACAAGCAGUGCUUGAUGUGAACACUGAUCUCCCUUAGAUGGCCUUCCUUUGACAAGGGACGAUUUCUCACUGGAAUUGAUGCGUAAUAGCUCCAAGACGUGACUGACCGCGACUGCCUAGUUUUUAAUUUUAAAUUGUUUUAAUGUUUUUAUUUUCUGUGUUUUAACUUGUUUUAUGUCCUGUAAACUACCUAGAGACAAAUGUUUGGGGUGGUGUACUAGAUAGAUAGAUAGAUAGAUAGAUUUUUUAGAUUUUGUGACAGAGCAAUCCUUUUUGGUGAUUUACCACAUGUCUGGAACCUCUCCUGGUAUAUCAGAUCAUGGCUCUCCCGUGCACUACUUGUUGCCAAGUGUACUGUUUCGUGGUGCUGGAAAGACCAUUUAAGCCCCUGCUUAUCAAUGGAUAGAAGACCUCUCUAAUCUGGGAACUUUUGAACUGACAACUUACCAUCGUAUGCUGAAGAAAGACUCCCAUACCAGAAUUUGAAAAGAUUACUUAGUUAUUUAUAUAAUUUCCUCUGUUUAUUUCAAAUCAGUGUGUUAACCCCUCCAUCCUUCCCUUCCCCAUUUUCUGUCUGUUUCUGUUUUUGUCUCCUAUCCCCACCUUUUUGUUGAAAUUACUGUAUUAUAAUAUGAGAAAAACUGAAUAAAACUGUUAAUUGUGGGGGAC